AUGUUCCUCACGGUGACUCCUUCCAUUCGCACCGCUUACGUGCGUGGUAACGUCCGUGGCGAUGGCCGUGCAUUACCCGCACGGGGUGUUGCAUCACUUGCGGCGGGAGGUGCAUUAGCCGCUUUGGAAGGUGGAACAGGCGCAGAGGACGGUGGAACAGGAGCAGGGGACGGUGGGACAGGCGCAGGGGACGGUGGAAUAGGUGCAGGGGACGGUGGAACAGGCGCAGGGGACGGUGGAACAGGCGUAGGGGACGGUGGAACAGGCGCAGGGGACGGUGGAACAGGCGCAACGGGUGUUGCAUCAGCCGCAGGGGAAGCCCGGCAUACGCGCACCUGCCCGUUGCCCUACUUCUGCUCCAUCACUCUCCUUUCCCUCCAAUCCCCCUCCCCGUCGACGUCGCUUCCCUCCCGUCCCCAAUGCCCUUGCCUCUUUCCCCAUCGCCUCCCCCGUCGUCCUCUCCUCUGCUACCCAUUGCCCACGCCUCCCCUCACAUGA